AUGGAGGCCCAAUAUGCAUAUGACAUGAGGUACAUAGUGAACCGAAAAGAGGAAUCUUUGCCACUUUUCCCGCCUAAGACUGCAAUCUAUCGGCCGUAUUCGGAGGUUACAGAGAUUUUUGAGGAUGGAUACCGUGGCUACUCAGAUAACUCACCCAUGAGAAGUGUGGCUUCUUUUGGAACUGAAAACACUGGGAGCAUAUCCACCGCCUCGACCCCAGACAAUGUCACAACUCCUGACUCGACUGGACUGACAGCUUUUGAUUUUCAUAUUGAUGAAAACGAUACCAUGGGCCCAAGUGGUCCACAUUUGUUCUGGUCAUUGAGAGACUCUGACCAGAACUCUAUCAUCGACGCAGAUCCAAUGGUCGAACAAACUCCUAUUGGUACAACGGGCCCUUAUCAUCACAAAGCCUCGAAGUUUGAUCCUUUCCGAAGGGACACACCCGUCCCGAAUCGCUCAAACCCAACUCCCGAGCCCCAUCAUUUCCAGAACCACACACCGUUUGCUAUGCAGACCGUCCAAUCUGGCCAGAUGACUAUGCCUCAGGAUUGGACACCUUUAGAGGUUGUCGAAUGGAUGCAAAGCCUUGGUCUUGAAGAUGAUAUCGUGAAUACAUUUUUGGCCAAUGACAUCUCUGGCUCUAUUUUGUUGGAACUUCAAAACGAAGACCUCAAGGAGCUUGAGAUUGCGUCUUUUGGCAAGCGACGCAAAGUGAUGGGUUACAUCAAGAACCUUAGAGGUAGCAGCAUGUUCAUAGACACAGACACGUCUUCGCGCACAGACACUACAUCUUCACGCACAGACACUGCAUCUUCACGCACAGGUACUGCAUCUUCGCAUACAUACACUACCUCUCUACGCUCGCGCAACUCAAGCAUCACAAGCGAUAUGGCGUCUACUCGAAACACAUCAGUGAUGUCAGGCAACACCUACAGAUCCUGCUACACUACCGACGAAGAAUCGAAUAAUGGGAUACCUUGGGCUCGCCGCCAGAACUAUGAUAAUGAUGCCUACAAGAGAACCGACCUUGUUCCUGAUGAUUCUGUCUCUAUUGUUGCGAUUGAGCAGGUUCUGCCCAAGCCACACAAGUGCAAAAAGGGAGAAGAUUGCCACAAAUGGCAGAAGCAACAAGAUAUGCUGGCCCGGCUCGCUGACGACCUGCCAUUUGAACAUUUUGGCUCUCGUCGUAUUGUCGCAGGGGACCCUGGAAACCCGAAGACAGCCCCCAACCUUCUCAAGUCUCCCAAGUCAGAGUUUACCCCAUCGCUAACCGCAUCCUCUGAUAUAAUGGGACCCGGUAGACUCUCUGCCUUCCAACUUUCCCAGGAAAAGCUGAGAGAGGUCAAACCUAGGGAUCCACAGGAGAACGUCAGAAACUUCCUGAACUUCCAGAGUCUCGACCGAUUACAGACAGAAGAUCAGCCUGCAACUCCCCCGAGAGAAUUUGCCCCGUUCUCCGAAUCAGAGCCUUGUGAUUCAGCAAAGAUUACACCUACACUCAGUGAACAUCUUCGACACUUGCCCAGGCUCAGAAUCCCCAGCAUGCACGAUUCCAGUGACGGGUCUGUGUUCACCGAGUCUCUCUUCACUACUGAAAAUACAUCAGCCAUACGCACUGUCACCCCUUCUAUCCUGUCCAGAAGGAAUCAAUUCGACGACCGGACCGCUGUCCCUGACGGACAAGAUCUCAUCGCCCGUGAGGUAGCACCCUCCCCAGCAGACUAUUACCGAGUCGAUCCUUACUAUCGGUCGGAAAGCCCACUUUCUGAUGUGGAUGCCCCAGUCACUGCAGUUCCAAUCGGACCAGUGUCACGAGAGGACUCACAAUCAGUGCCUCCAAACAUGCGCUUCGGCAACGGCAGAGAUGUGGUCGAAGAGCCAAUUGCUCGGCCAUCCUCAACCAUGGUAGAAAGCCAUCGGAGAUUCCCUUCUGUUCAAGGUGUCACCACUUUGAACCCACUCAAAGAAGACUAUGCCAUGAGUCCAAUUGAAACCCCGGACGACCUACAAAGAACACCCCGUGCACCUCAAUUCCGCAAUAACACAUUGUUCCCUUCUACCAGACGUGGGCAAGACGAGAUUACUCACAGUGGGUGGAUGAAGAAGCGCAAAACUACCAAAUUACUGUGCCAUGACUGGGAAAAUCGUCACUUCACGCUGAAGGGUACUCAACUCUCGAUGCAUGAAGACCUUGCAUCUGCCCGACGAGAUUCAAAGGCUCUGGAGCAUAUUGACGUCGAUGACUUCGCAGUUGCCUGUUCCUCGAAUGCCUCAAAGUCCAAGUUAACAGCAGCAUUCAAGAAAGCUGUCCUCAAGCGUAACGAGAACCCACAGGAUGUGUCGGCCUUUGCCUUCUCUCUAGUCCCCACACCUAAUGGUAACGGUUUCGUUGAUCGCAAGACAAUGUUUUUAAACAGUGGCAAGUCACAUCACUUUGCUGUCAAUACCCGCGAUGAGCGUAUUGACUGGAUGCGAGAGCUUAUGCUGGCCAAAGCUCUCAAGCGUGGUCGGGACAAUGGGGCUGAACUCACCUUCAAUGGAGCCAAUAUGAUAUGA